AUGGCAAAAACCCUUUCACCUGCCCAAGCGACUAAGGAACAUGUCUUGGCUGUAUCCCGGGACUUCAUAUCCCAGCCCCGUCUCACUUACAAGACGGUGUCUGGUGUGAACGGGCCUCUGGUCAUCUUGGACGAGGUCAAGUUCCCCAAGUUCUCCGAGAUCGUACAGCUCAGACUCGCUGAUGGCACCCUCCGCUCCGGUCAGGUGCUCGAGGUCAGCGGCACCAAGGCCGUGGUCCAGGUGUUCGAGGGUACAUCAGGUAUCGACGCCAAGAACACUCUCUGUGAGUUUACCGGCGAUAUCCUGCGUACUCCCGUCUCUGAAGAUAUGUUGGGUCGUGUAUUCAACGGCUCCGGAAAGCCCAUUGACAAGGGUCCCCCAAUCCUCGCCGAGGACUUCUUGGACAUCCAGGGACAACCCAUCAACCCAUGGUCCCGUAUCUACCCCGAGGAGAUGAUCCAGACUGGUAUCUCCGCUAUCGACGUGAUGAACUCCAUUGCUCGUGGUCAGAAGAUCCCCAUCUUCUCUGCCGCUGGUCUGCCCCACAAUGAAAUUGCCGCCCAGAUCUGUAGACAGGCCGGUCUUGUUAAGAUCCCCGGCAAAUCAGUGUUGGAUGACCACGAGGACAACUUCGCCAUCGUAUUCGCCGCUAUGGGUGUGAACAUGGAAACCGCCCGGUUCUUCAAACAGGACUUUGAAGAGAAUGGUUCUAUGGAGAACGUGUGCCUGUUCUUGAACUUGGCCAAUGACCCCACUAUUGAGAGAAUCAUCACACCCCGUCUUGCUUUGACUGCUGCUGAGUUCUUGGCCUACCAGUGCGAGAAACACGUGUUGGUCAUCUUGACUGACAUGUCCUCAUACGCCGAGGCUCUGCGUGAGGUGUCCGCCGCCCGUGAGGAGGUACCCGGACGUCGUGGUUUCCCAGGUUACAUGUACACCGAUUUGGCCACCAUCUACGAGCGUGCCGGACGUGUAGAGGGCAGGAACGGCUCCAUCACCCAGAUCCCCAUUCUGACUAUGCCUAACGACGACAUCACCCAUCCUAUUCCUGACUUGACUGGUUAUAUUACUGAGGGACAGAUCUACGUAGACCGUCAGCUCCACAACAGACAGAUCUACCCGCCAGUGAACGUGCUGCCAUCUCUGUCACGUUUGAUGAAGUCUGCCAUCGGUGAGGGCAUGACCCGCAAGGACCACUCUGAUGUCUCCAACCAGCUGUACGCUUGCUACGCUAUCGGUAAGGACGUGCAGGCGAUGAAGGCCGUCGUCGGUGAGGAGGCGCUCACCCCUGAUGACUUGCUCUACCUCGAGUUCCUCACCAAGUUCGAGAAGAACUUCAUCUCUCAGGGUAACUACGAGAACCGCACAGUGUUCGAGUCCCUGGACAUCGGUUGGCAGCUGCUCCGUAUCUUCCCUAAGGAGAUGUUGAAGCGUAUCCCUGCAUCCAUCCUCGCCGAGUUCUACCCGCGUGACUCCCGCCACUAG